AACCCGACAUACGCUACCUACGUCUUUUGUAAACACCUUUCCCAUUGGACAAAAAAUUCGUGCCUCUUACUAUAUAAAUUACUUAUGUGAAAGUUACGAAAUUAUACCGUUUUCUUUAAGACUUGUGUUGGUAGCUCUCUUCUCUUGAAAUGAAAACCAUGGUGAACACUGGUAAGGGAUCUUUACUCCGCUGUGUUAUGCUUGGUGACGGGAUGGUGGGAAAAACAUCUGUUGUUCACUCGUUUCUGGGAUAUACACUGUCACCUAGUUAUACAGCCACAGUAUUCAUGGAUAACUACUGUACUCAUCUCAGUUUGGCUGGAGUCAAGCAUCAGCUACAGAUCACAGAUCUCUCCAUUGAGGAAGACCUUCACGUGAGACCCAACUGUCAGUCAAGUAACCUAGUAACAAUCGUCUGCUACAGUGUGGUGGAUAAGGAUUCUUACUAUAACAUCAAGUCCUUCUGGCUACCCCUGGUUCGAAACAUCAACCCCAAAAUUCCCAUUGUGCUCGUGGCCACACAUACAGACUUAAGAUGUGAGAAUAACCCAAAUCACGUCACAGAAGAAGAAGGAAGAAAUCUGUGUAAUGAGCUCAAUAUGUCCGCUUUCGUUGAAUGCUCUGCUGUUCAAAAGACUGGUAUUACUAAAGUCUUCGAAAUGGUAGCUGAUCUUUCACUUCAACUGACUCUGAAAAACAAGAAAGCAAAAGUCAAUCAAAGAAAACAUGACCGGUGAAGCAUGGAAACAUAUGCACUGUUUCUUUAUCCAUCCAAAGCUUUCGAGGCUUUCUUGAGAGGACCACUGUCUCCUUACAGAACCGGCUAUUCUGAUAUGUGCCACAUGAUGUGUAAUGUGAGCAUUUCUAUCACAAAGAGACACGUUGGCAUAGCUGUGCAAGUAAUACACAAUUAAGAAAUUCAGAGCUUUUACAAACUCCAGCAUGCCACAUCAUCAUAGUAAAACAAUAAUCCUGGUGAAUACUCUUAGAUCUGACUCAAUAGAUCAUUUGUUUAAUUUGUAUUUUUAUGUGCAAUAUUAUUAUCAUUCAUGAAUGUUUCGUUUGUUUCAUUCGUUUGUAAGAUUUGCUCUAACGUAUUGUUGUAUAAUUGGUGCAUUUAUCAUAUUAAUUUAUAAACGUUAUAAAUAAAGGUAUUAAAUAAUAUCUAUUUAAAUCUC